GUCGUGAAUACGCGGGCGCGAGAGAGGCGGCGCGGUGCAAUCGCGUGAAACGCUGAUGACAGACAGCGGCAACCGACGCGCCGAUAUCAACGCUGAGAUGACCUACCGAACACCUCGGCGUCUCUUGCGGUUCACGUCCGUUUAUUCUGAGCUUGAAUAACAGCGGACGAGCGAGUGUAAAGCGGUUCGGACACAUUGUUUGACUGUGCGGAUCCAACACUGCAUCUAUCCAUUUAGUCGCGGGAGCGUGAGAUGACAAAGGACCGCAUGCUAUAAAUCCGGUUUUAAGUGACAGAUUCACCUGUGAGGAUCUACAGUAUCUGAGCAGUGAAACAGCAGUCGGAUUCAUUCAUUCACUCAUGAUCUACAUUUGACAUCAGUGAAAGAGCCUGGAGAUGUCUCAGAAGAAGAUAUUCCUAGUGUUGAUUGCAGUCAGUACUGUCAGCUUGCUUCUGCACCAUGGGGGUCACUUGAACUUGACGUUGGAGGCAUUCGGGUUGGGCUGUCCAUCCUCCACAGUCUCGUCCACCCAGGGCAGCAGUGGACCUUCUGCUAAACACACCAGUGUAGCCUUCUUGAAGACUCAUAAAACCGCCAGCUCCACUGUGCAGAACAUCCUCUUCCGCUUUGCAGAACGCAACAACCUCACUGUGGCACUGCCCAUUACCACCUGUGACCACCAGUUCUGCUACCCUCGGCCGUUCAGUGCCCACUUUGUUCACCAGCACACCACGCCACCUGACAUAAUUACUAAUCAUUUACGGUUCAGCCGGGCUGAGCUACGACGCCUCAUGCCCAACAACACUAUGUACAUCACUAUAUUGCGGGAACCGGGAGCGAUGUUUGAGUCUCUUUUUACCUACUUCAAUCAGUACUGUCUUAGCUUUAAACGUGUCCCAAAUGGCUCUUUAGAGACUUUUCUGGACCACCCUUGGAGCUAUUAUCGUCCAGAAGAGAAGGAUUCGAUGUAUGCGAGAAAUACACUGACCUUUGACCUAGGUGGCGAUAAGGACCGGCCAUCUUCGGAAGCGGCGGGGUAUGCAAAACGAUUCGCUUUAGAGGUGGAGCGGGUGUUCUCGUUGGUUAUGAUCGCUGAAUACUUUGACGAAUCAUUGGUGCUGCUACGCCAUUUGUUGUCUUGGGAUCUCGAUGAUGUUCUGUAUGUCAGUCUCAACAUGCGCACACCUGACUCCAAGAGCAGCCUUUCCAGCGAAAAUACUGCCAAAGUCAGAGCCUGGAACGCAAUUGAUUCUGCACUGUAUGAUUACUUCAAUGCUUCACUGUGGCGGCAGCUGAGCACAUUGGGACUAGCGUGUGUCGAGCGAGAAGUCCAGCUGUUGCGACAAUCUCGUGACCGACUUGUCCGUAGCUGCUUCGGGGGACAUAUGCCACCUCUUCGCUCUGCCGCACAGAUCACAAAUAAGGAAUUGCGGCCUUGGCAGCCAAGUGACAAAGUGGCAAUCGUUGGGUACGAUAUACCAGCUAACCUAACUCGAAAAGGCCACAUCCCUCUACGAGACGAGUGUCUAAAGAUGAUAAUGCCAGAAGUGCAGUACACACGGCUGUUGCUACGCUCAGAGUCCCUACGUUAUCGGAAGCGGUUUCCGUUACGGAGCUCCCAGCAGCCUUCACGAUCCGUGGGACAAGUUCGGGCACACAAAGAGUCCCCAGCUCCGAGUUUGAUCCCACGACCAUCAGAUACUAUGGCUCGGAGCACCAGAGGAGCGCUACGGCUUUCCCAAUGACCGGUGUGAAAGGAUAGUCAAACUUUUUAUUCCCCACUCCUUGAUCUGGACUGCACCUAAAUGUCUGAGUUGUUGGAAUUACUUGAAAGCUUGAGGUCAUACCUCAGUUUUACUGUAUGUGAGCACAACCAAACAUAUGCUCACAACUCUUGUUCUACAAGUUAGAAACACAAUUGUGUUACUCAAAUUGAAAUGUAAAAAGGUGAAGGAAAAUAUAUAUUGAAGUCUGAAAGCCUGACAUCUGGAAUGUCUCAAUCUCUCAAGGACUAUCUC